CUAACACUAACCACAGAAGAAGAUCACUGCUAGGUUAGCUAGCAAGCUAGCAAGCUGCACGGAUAGUUUGACGUGAGCAUCACAAUGCUCCUACAGACGGCCAGACCGUGGUUGCUUCGUUGCAGGAGUCUACCUUUGGCUUGCAGAAGGUCUUACUACGCCGAUAAAGUAGCUCGACUCGGUUCUCAGCCGGAUAAACAGUCCUCAGAAUAUCAGGAGAAUUAUGAGCGCAUGCAAGUUCUUGUUGAUGAACUGAAAAGCCGGACAGAGAAGAUUAAAUUUGGUGGGGGAGAAAAAGCCAGAAGACUUCACACUUCUCGUGGGAAACUCCUGCCUAGAGAGCGUAUAGACAGGCUGCUGGAUCCAGGGACCCCUUUCUUGGAGUUCUCCCAGUUUGCAGCAUAUGAAUUGUAUGGAAAAGAGGAAGUCCCAGCAGGCGGUAUACUUACUGGGAUUGGGCGGGUUUCGGGGGUGGAAUGUGUUAUUGUUGCAAAUGAUGCUACUGUCAAAGGGGGAACAUAUUACCCAGUUACAGUGAAGAAACACCUUCGUGCACAGGAAAUAGCCCAGCAGAACCAUUUGCCAUGCAUUUAUUUAGUGGAUUCUGGAGGGGCCAAUCUACCCAGACAGGCCGAUGUCUUUCCAGACAGAGAUCACUUUGGACGCAUUUUCUACAACCAGGCCAGGCUGUCUUCAGAAGGAAUAGCACAGAUUGCCGUUGUGAUGGGCUCCUGCACUGCUGGGGGAGCGUAUGUACCUGCUAUGGCAGAUGAGAGCAUCAUUGUGCGGAAGCAAGGGACCAUUUUCCUAGGAGGGCCUCCGUUGGUCAAAGCUGCCACUGGGGAAGAAGUUUCUGCAGAGGACCUUGGUGGUGCUGAUCUUCACUGCAAAAAAUCCGGUGUGACAGACCACUACGCUUUAGACGAUAACCACGCGCUCCAUUUAGCAAGAAAGGCAGUGAGAAGCCUCAACUACAGGAAAAAUAUUAAGGUCACCACAGAACCUACUGAAGCCCCUCUCUACCCUGCAGAUGAACUCUAUGGCAUAGUUGGAGAUAACCUGAAACGUAACUUUGAUGUCAGAGAGGUCAUCGCCCGAAUUGUAGAUGGCAGUAAGUUUGAUGAGUUCAAGGCUUUCUAUGGAGACACACUUGUUACAGGAUUUUCAAGAAUAUUUGGUUACCCUGUUGGAAUCAUUGGCAACAAUGGAGUCUUGUUUUCAGAGUCUGCAAAAAAGGGUACGCAUUUCAUUGAAUUAUGCUGCCAACGAAACAUCCCACUUAUUUUUCUCCAAAACAUAACAGGCUUCAUGGUGGGUAGAGAGUAUGAAGCAGGAGGAAUUGCUAAGGAUGGAGCCAAGAUGGUAACUGCAGUCGCAUGUGCCAAUGUUCCCAAGAUUACUGUGAUCAUUGGCGGCUCCUACGGUGCAGGAAACUAUGGCAUGUGCGGCAGAGCCUACAGCCCUCGAUUCCUGUACAUGUGGCCAAAUUCCCGAAUCUCUGUAAUGGGCGGUGAGCAGGCAGCCACUGUUCUGGCCACCAUCACCAAGGAUCAGAGGGCACGCGAGGGAAAAGAGUUCACAGCAGAGCAAGAGGCUGCCAUGAAGGAACCAAUAGUGCGGCGGUUUGAGGAGGAAGGCAGUCCGUACUACUCUAGUGCCAGGUGUGGUUUGUUCCUGACGCAUCAUGUGCAUGUCUCACGCAGACUGUGGGAUGACGGGAUUAUUGACCCUGCUGAUACCCGUCUGGUUUUGGGACUGAGCCUCAGUGCAGCACUGAAUGCACCAAUGAAGAAGACCCGUUUUGGAGUGUUCAGGAUGUAAUGCUCAUUUAGCUUGUACAAGUGUAGAGACCACAGACCUACCGGUCAGAGUUGGACAUGUACCUACAUUAGUCGUCGUAGUUUUAAUUUGUGAGGUGUCACCUGAUUAAAAGCAACAAAAAGAAGAAAGAUCACUGAAGUAGAGUCACAAAACCUUGGAUCCAUGUGGGUGUGAAUGGUGUGCUGCUGUUGUGGGACAUUUCCGCUAACAAGUUGUGCCUUAACUGUUACUACUCCCGUGUAAAUGCAACUGUGUUAUUCCCCCUUUCUCCCUCUUUGAUGGAUUGGUAUUUUCUU